CGUUCAGGUGUGCGCGAAAUCUUGUCCAAUGGGAAGACGAAGGAUACGUGUACGGGUUACCCAAUUGAAGCGGCCGGUGGACCCGGUUCGCGAUAUAAAAGCGGGAGAUCGUAUCGACCUGCACAGUAUUAGAGUUGAAUAUCGGUCUCGCUAUCGACGAAUUCAUUGUUUACCGUUUAUUUUCCGUUCGCUGGUUUUGUCUCGUGUUAGCUGCACCGCGCCGUAAGACUGUUCCCCGUCCGUCGUUAUCAUGCCACCGAAAGUUUCGGGGAAAUCAAUGAAGAAACCAGUGAGGGCACAGAAGAACAUCAGCAUGAAUAAAUCUGACUUGGAGAAGAAGAAGAAGAGGAGGAGAAAGGAGAGUUACGCGAUUUACAUCUACAAGGUUCUGAAACAAGUACAUCCGGACACCGGCAUCUCGAGCCGAGCGAUGAGCAUCAUGAACAGCUUCGUCAACGACAUAUUCGAACGCAUCGCCGCCGAGGCAGCACGAUUAUCGCAUUACAAUAAACGCAGCACCAUUACGUCGAGGGAGGUUCAAACGGCGGUCAGACUGUUGUUGCCCGGCGAGCUCGCGAAGCACGCGGUCAGCGAAGGCACCAAGGCUGUUACUAAAUAUACAAGUUCGAAAUGAAAUACAGUUGGAAUUCAAUAGAUACAAGCUUGUUCAAGCGCCAAGCAAACGGCCCUUUUCAGGGC